AUGUCUAGACCCAUUUACGCGUUUCUUCCAUCAAGAAAAUCUACAUCAAUUAAGAGAAAAAGAUUAUUGGAGCCCGAAUUGGCUAAUAAACGAAUAAAUGUUGAUCAAAAUCAUAAAAUUCGCGUACCAAUAAAAAAUCAAAAUGAAAAUGUACAUCAACAAGAUACAUCAAUUAUUAAAAUAUUUUCAGCACUUGAUCAGGCUCUUGUUUAUCAUCAUGCAAUAAGUUAUGGAGAGGGAACAGCAUCUUUUCAUUAUCUUCAACAUUCUCUUGAAACGCAGGCUAAAAAAUCUUUUACAUUAGAAUCUCUUGAAAGAAUUGUAAGCAUUUGGCCGGAGUCAUUUAAAAUAUCACCAACAAUAAUAUUAUUUAAUGGUAAACGGAUAGGAAGUCUUUCAAUCGAUUUUCCUACAAAGGAAUUUAACUUAGCUGCUCGUUUAAAACAAUUUCGUUCUCGUCUCGAAUUAUCGCAAUCAAUUACAACAGAUCUUAAAAAAAUUAUUCCAAAAAAUGUUUCUUCAAACACUAUCAUUUGUCUACCAGAAAAAAAAAAACAAGCAAUUCAAGAACUUGAAAAAAAAACUACGUCUACUUCUGAUACAUCAAUUGAUUCUAAUAAAAGUUUAAAAUAUCGUCAAACUUCUUUGUUGGAACGGAUUCGAUUUAAGCAUACUCGGAAUACACACACAUCUCCUGCUUUUGAACAACUUAAUUCUCUCCAAAAAUUAUCAAAUAUUGUCGAAUGUUUAUUUGUUUUAUUAGCAACUUAUCCUCGUAAAUCUGCAUUUUCUAUGUCUGAAGUAGUUACAGUACUAACAUCAUCUCUCAAACAUCCCUUAUCUAUUACUGAAAUACAUAAAUUACUUGCUGUUUUAGUAAAUACAUUACCUAAAUUCUGUCAGAUUAUUAAAAUUAGCGAUACGCUUUCUGCCAUAAAAUUUUAUCGAAAUUAUAAACUAGCAGAGAUAAAAAAGAUCAUUGAGUUAAAGCAAAUAGAGCUUCAGGUAUGA